UUCGUUCGUUUACUCUAUUCAGUUCGCAUGGCGGGAAACUAAGUUAGUGCCCCAAUUUCGAACCAGCCGAGUUAGACACAUAUCGGAGAGGGUGGGGACAGUCUAGCUGCAGCGGCGCCAUGGUCGUAACGGUGCUGAAUGUGGCGGAGAAACCUUCUGUAGCCAAGGCGGUCGCAGGGAUACUGUCAAAUAGCCAAAUGAGGUCGAGGAAUGGACGAUCCGUAUACAACCGAAUAUUUGAGUUUAAUUACACCAUCCAAAACCAGCCCUGCCAGAUGCUAUUCACCUCUGUCACGGGGCACCUCAUGGAGCUCGAAUUCGAUGAGAGAUAUCGCAAAUGGCACUCAUGCGACCCCGUCGAUCUCUACAGCGCCCCCGUCCGUAAACAUGUGCCAGAGGAUAAGCUAGAUAUUAGAAGGACACUGGAGGAAGAGUCUAGGAGAUGCCAAUGGCUUAUACUGUGGCUUGAUUGUGAUAGGGAAGGGGAAAAUAUUGCAUUUGAGGUGUUGGAAGUAUGCAAACAAGCUAACCGUAACCUUAUUGUGCUGAGGGCUCGCUUCUCUGCUCUGAUUGACAGAGAAAUUCGCCGGGCUAUGGAAGGGCUUGAACAACCCAAUCAAUUGUUAGCUGAUGCUGUUGAUGUGAGACAAGAGAUAGAUCUUCGUAUAGGGGCUUCUUUCACAAGAUUUCAGACAAUGCUCUUAAAAGAUGCAUUUGUCAUGGAUUUUGCUCCAGAUGACAGAAAUCUUGUCCUGAGUUAUGGCCCUUGUCAGUUCCCUACUCUCGGUUUUGUGGUUGAGCGAUACUGGGAAAUACAAGCUCAUGAACCCGAAGAAUUCUGGGCAAUAAAUUGUACUCACACUUCAGAUGAGGGCACUGCUAGCUUUAAUUGGAUGCGUGGGAACUUGUUUGAUUAUACAUGUGCAGUAAUUAUUUAUGAAAUGUGUGUCCAAGAACCCACAGCAACCGUUACUAAAGUUAGGCUGCAGGAGAAGCUGAAAUAUCCUCCGCAUCCAUUAAACACCAUUGAGCUUGAGAAGCGUGCAUCAAGAUAUUUCAGAAUGAGUUCUGCACAAACUAUGAAGGUGGCUGAAGAUCUAUACCAACAAGGUUUUAUUAGCUAUCCACGCACUGAGACUGAUAAGUUCUCUGCUGAUGGAAUUGCCAACUUGCCCGGAACUGUGCGAGAGCAAGAAGGCCACCCCGUAUGGGGCCCUUAUGCUCAGCGCUUGUUGGACCGUGAUUCAGGACUAUGGAGAGACCCUAGAGGUGGAGUGAAUGAUGACAAGGCCCAUCCUCCGAUUCACCCAACUAAAUUUUCUGCUGGAGAAUCAGGAUGGAGUCAGGAUCACCAUAGAGUGUAUGAAUUAGUCGUUCGCCAUUUUCUGGCAUGCGUCUCUCAACCCGCCAAAGGAGCUGAGACCAUAGUUGAGAUUGAUAUCGCUGGUGAACAAUUUUCUACAUGUGGGAGAACAAUAAUUGCUAAAAACUACUUGGAUGUCUACAGAUUUGAAUCAUGGGGAGAUUCAGUAAUUCCAACAUACACUUAUGGGCAGCAGUUUACCCCAACAACAUUGACUCUUGAUUCAGGAGUUACACGACCUCCUCCACUUUUAAGUGAGGCUGAUCUUCUAAGUUGUAUGGACAAGGCAGGCAUUGGCACAGAUGCAACUAUGCAUGAUCACAUAAAAAAAUUGCUUGAUCGAUUUUAUGUGACCAAAGACGCAAACACCCGUUUCUCACCAACCAAACUUGGGGAAGCACUGGUAAUGGGAUAUGAUGAUAUGGGUUAUGAACUGGGGAAACCAUAUCUCCGUGCAGCGAUGGAACGUGAUAUGAGAGAAGUUAGCAAUGGCACAAAAGGAAAAGCUGAGGUUUUGGAGAACUGUUUACAGCAAAUGAAAGCUUGCUUUAUAGAUGCCAGAGUAAAAAAAGGAAAGCUCCUCGAGGCCAUGGCUGUGUUCUUUGACAGAUCAAACAGACCCAAUGUUGGUGAGCCACCCAGAGCUGGAUCUGUUGUUCGUAAAUGUCCACUUUGUCAGGAAUCAGACAUGGUUCUUAGACAAAAACCGGACGGGAAGUUCAUGGUUGGCUGCCUGGGUUUUCCACAAUGUAGAAAUGCAGUCUGGCUACCAGGAUGCAUAUUAGAAGCAGAUGUAAGCCAAGAUAUAUGCAGUAUCUGUGCUCCAGGGCCUGUAUUUAAGAUUCGAUUUAAAUUUCGACGUUUGGAAAUACCACCUGAUUUUGAUGCUGAGCAUUUUGGUUGUGUAGGUGGUUGUGAUGAUACUCUGAGGCAACUAGUGGAAAUCUGUGGAACAGGUUCCAGGAAUAGUUUCACCACCCCUGCCAGAGGAGGCCAUACAACACCUUCUGCCAGUGCCCAAGGAAGCAAUCCUAGAUCUCAGGGUGCUUGUUUACACUGUAGGCAAACAGGGCAUUCUUCAAAUAACUGUCCCUCACAGUCAUCUCGCUCACGUUCAGCCCAGCCUGCCAGUGACGUUAACAGACAAAAUGGAGAAGCAUCUGUUCCUUGUACCUCAUGUGGUGUUCUAUGUGCUCUACGAACUGCCAAUACUGCAAACAAUAGGGGCAGAAAGUUCUAUUCUUGCCAGUCCAGAGAGUGCAACUUUUUUGUAUGGGAAGAUGGCCUAACUAGAGGAGGGGCAUCAGAAAGUGCGAGAGGAAGCUUAGGGUCUAAUUCUGGAAGGGGUGGACGAGGUCGGGGCAGGGGAAGGAGCAGGGGUGGGUCUGCUAAUGCUACUGGUGGUUUUACAUUCGUGUCAGCAACGGGUGAACCUACAAUAGGUUGCUGUUUUAUUUGCGGCAAUCCAUCACAUUUUGCGAAUGUUUGUCCAGAUCGUAGGAGAUGAAAGUUCAGUCAUUUUAGCUCAAGAGAACACCCAAGCAGCGUGUUUGGUUUGGGAAUCACUAGUAGUUUUUAUCUUGUAUAUCUGCUAGUGAAUAAAUUCAAUGCCAUUCUAGAUUCUCCUGAGAAUCUGAGAUGAGUAAUACACUAAUCCCCAGAAAUUAAACAUUCUUAUUGGGAAUCUGGAAAAAAUAUUCAUUUAUAAUCCCAUACUUUAUGCAUCCCCUAAUAUUUUACCAACAAUUUCAUAAUUAUUGGGAAUUACGUAGUACUUCCUCUGUCCUCUAUUUAAG